AUGUAUUUAAAUUUACUAAUCCUUGCUAUUACAGCAACUAAUUAUGUUUCUACCCGAUCUAUGGGCUCAAUGCCAGGCAUGGAACUCGACGUGAACAUGCCGAUGGACAUGAUGUCAAAUGUAUUGGGUGGUAGCGCAUUUGCUGGUUCAAACGCAGAUACAGAGAAUGGAGGUAGUGAAGCAGCUUCAAGUGCCGAAUCCGCAGCAGUUGCCAAUGCAGAGGCAACGACUUAUGAAGAACCCGAUGGAGAGGAUGAUGGGUUAACUUAUGGAAAUGAUAUAUCAGAUGCAGACGCAAAAACAACAGCAGAAUCAGAAGCUAAAGCCGGCUCUGACAACGGUAGCGGUAACAACGGAGGAAACGGUUAUAACAACAAUAGUAACAAUGGAGGAUCAAGCUCAGAAACAUCAUCAUCAUCAGCAUCAGGUUCAUCAAAUUCAGAAGGAUCUGACAACGGUAGCGGUAACAACGGAGUAAACGGUUAUAACAACAAUGGUAACAAUGGAGGAUCAAGCUCAGCAACAUCUUCAUCAGCAGCAUCAGGUUCAUCAAAUUCAGAAGGAUCUGACAACGGUAGCGGUAACAACGGAGGAAAUGGUUAUAACAACAAUGGUAACAAUGGAGGAUCAAGCUCAGAAACAUCAUCAUCAUCAGCAUCAGGUUCAUCAAAUUCAGAAGGAUCUGACAACAGUAGCGGUAACAAGGGAGGAAAUGGUUAUAACAACAAUGGUAACAAUGGAGGAUCAAGCUCAGCAACAUCAUCAUCAUCAGCAUCAGGUUCAUCAAAUUCAGAAGGAUCUGACAACGGUAGCGGUAACAACGGAGGAAAUGGUUAUAACAACAAUGGAUCAAGCUCAGAAACAUCAUCAUCAUCAGCAUCAGGUUCAUCAAAUUCAGAAGGAUCUGACAACAGUAGCGGUAACAAGGGAGGAAAUGGUUAUAACAACAAUGGUAACAAUGGAGGAUCAAGCUCAGCAACAUCAUCAUCAUCAGCAUCAGGUUCAUCAAAUUCAGAAGGAUCUGACAACGGUAGCGGUAACAACGGAGGAAACGGUUAUAACAACAAUGGUAACAAUGGAGGAUCAAGCUCAGCAACAUCAUCAUCAGCAGCAUCAGGUUCAUCAACUUCAAACGGCAGCGACAACAACGGAGGCAACAACGGUAACAAUGGAUCAUCAAGUGCAGCAGCAGCAUCAGGUUCAUCAGCUUCAAACGGUAGCGACAACAACGGAGGCAACAACGGUAACAAUGGAUCAUCAAGUGCAGCAGCAACAUCAUCAUCAUCAGCAUCAG